UUUUUUGAAGGAAAAAAUAACAAUAACAUUCUGUGAUUGGUUAAUUUUAUAGAAUGAUUCUGGCCUGUCACAACCAUGUAUUGCGUUAUGAAUUUAUGACGAACUUAUGGAACAUAUUUUAAUUAAAUAUGAAUUACUUUUAUUUUAAACAAUAUACUUGGUUAUUUUAAGUUAUUUUAAGGAAAAUGAAGUCUCGUAGAAUAAUGUUACAUCCAGGAAUUCUAAGAACACCGACCUUUCGAUUUGCUUCAUUUGUCAGAAAACGCAAAAACUUUCUGCUGCAAUAUCACUAUGGUACAUCUUCAAAGCAAGGGGCAACUAAAUUAAACAUCUUAAAUUCUGUAAAAAAUUUAAGUGAUAAUUUUUUGCCAGCUGUAUUAAAAUCAGUUACUAUUGCCUCAUCACUAUUCGGGAGUUUUAACUUCAAAUUCCGGAAAUCUACAACAGAUUUUCAAGACACUGCAAAAGAUUAUGCUAAUAUAAAUUAUUCUGAAAAUAACAAAAACAAUAAGUUGACUUCAAAAGAAUCAUCUUUAUUGACUGCAGAAAAAAUUGAAUCUUCAGCUGCUCAACUUAACUCUGUUUUAACAGAGAAAGAUGUAAUAAAAAAAGUAGAAGGAAAUCAAGAAUUAGAACAAACAUUUUUUGAAUGGCUCACUGGAAGCGAUUUCCAUUCAAAACGAAAAGAGUUCUUGGGCAAAGACGAAAAACCUAAUGAAAAAUACAAUAAAAUUUCAAUAUCGAAAUCAAGUCUCCAACAACGUAGUAGAUUUUUAGUUUCAUCUUUAAAUGAAGCAACAUCAUCUGCAUCACAACUUUUGAGAUUAGAAGAAGUUUGUAAACAUCUCAUUUUGUAUCCUGAUCAGAAAUCUGUAAUGUGUAAGGCAGGACUUAUGAGGAUUGCAUUACGUCUCAAAUAUAACCAAAAUGAUCAAGCUGUACAAGCCCAAGCCAGGUGUGUUCUUGCUUUAAUAGGUUUUCAAAAUCCUCCUAGGGGAAAUGGUAUAAGAAUACUCAGCAUUGAUGGCGGAGGAACGAGGGGCAUCUUGGCUAUAGAAAUACUACGACAAUUAGAGGCUAAAACCAAUAAAAAAAUAUACCAACUGUUUGACUAUUUCUGUGGAGUGAGCUCUGGUGCAAUUUUGGGACUACUCUUGGGAGGACUUCGUCUUUCUCUUGAUGAAUGUGAAUCUCUGUAUAGAACAUUGAGUGAUAAAGUGUUUAGUCAAAGUACAUUUUGGGGUACAAGUCGGCUGAUGUGGAGUCAUGCAUACUAUGAUACCACUAUGUGGGUCGAUGUUUUGAAGAAAACAUUUGGUGAAAGAUUGCUUAUUGAUACUGUGAAAGAACCUGAUUCUCCAAAGCUAGCAGUUGUUUCGGCAAUAAUGAAUCUCCCUCAUCUCCAGCCAUUUGUGUUUCGUAAUUAUGAUCUCCCACCCGGUGUUCAGUCUUAUCACAGAGGUAGCUGUAGAUAUAGAAUGUGGGAGUCUGUACGUGCAUCAGGUGCAGCCCCUGGUUAUUUUGAAGAGUAUUGCCUAGAUGAAUUUCUUCAUCAGGAUGGUGGAGUCAUGAUCAAUAAUCCUACUGCCCUGGCUAUUCAUGAAGCCAGAUUACUGUGGCCUUCAGAAUAUAUACAAUGUGUCAUGUCAUUAGGAACAGGUCGCUACAUUCCUGCUGUAUCUCCAAAUUUUACUUCUACUAGUCUCAAAACUAAAGUGCUAAAAAUAAUUGACAGUGCUACUGACACAGAAGCUGUGCACGUGGCCUUAAACGAUCUCCUCUUACCAAAUACCUACUUCAGAAUGAAUCCCUAUUUAACAGAAUUCUUCACUUUGGAUGAAAAUAGAACAGAUAAACUUGACCAGAUGAAAUCUGAUGCUCAGAUGUAUUUAAGAAGAAAUGAGUAUAAAUUUGCAAAUGCUGCACAAACUCUCACUACACCCAGAAGUCUUUAUAAAAAGACAAGUGAUUGGUUAAACAUUCAAAAAAAUCUUUAUUUAUGAUUUUCAUCCUUAAAUUUUUUGUGGUAGGAUUGUGUGAUAAUUUUUCAUCUCUUAUGAAGCUUCAAUGUAUACAUUUUUCGUCAGGCUCUAAUUUAUUUAAUUUUUUUAAAUUCUUUUUAAAGAAGUUUGAUUCAAGAGAAAUAAGUAAUUAAGUUAAAGACAUUCAUUUUGCUUUGAAAUCUAUUUUGAUAAAAAUUACUUCAUGCCUAAAAAUAGAAAUAAUUAAUUUUUUUAUAAAUAAAUAAUGUAAAAGUUUACAGACCUUAAUUAUAUUAAAAUCUCAAAAAUAAUUCUUUUAAUACAUAUAUGAGAAAAAAAAUAUUUACUUUAUGUUGAAUCUGGUUAAAUAGGUAUUUCUUCCAAGGUAAAAAAAAAAAAGAUUGCGUCAUAAGUAAAACGAAAGCUGUAAAAAUUCAAAUAAUCAACACUUACCAUUACUUAAAUAUCUUCAAAAAAAUUAAUUUUAAAAUGUUGUAUGAUAAAAAACUUUUAAUAUAAUAUAAAUUUUCUUGUUAAGAAAUUAAUAUAAAAGAAUCAUUAUACUUAUUUAAUUUUUUUAAAUUUAAGUGCUUAUAAAGAACAAAACAAAUUGCUUAUACAGCCUCCAUAAAAGUAACUGUGAUUUAUAUAUUUCUUUAAGAAUCAUAUUUUACUAUAGAAUAUGAGAAACCAACAUUACUAAAUGACAAAUUUUUGCUUUCACAGAUUUUCAAAAAUUGAUAACCAAUAUUAAUUAUUAGCAAAUUAUGAUGAAGGGGAAUUUUUCACAUCUAUGCAUUUCUGUCAAUUAUGCAAAAUUUUAGAUUUUAAUCCAUAUUGAAACAUGUAUUAAAAUAUUUUGCUCUUUGAAGCAUUAGUAUUUAAAUAAUACACACUUUGUACAGUUGGUUUCUAAAAAUGCUUUUCAAUCUUUGUGAUAUAAGAGAUUUUAAAAUAUUUACCAAUCAUAUUUCUAGUCAUACUCGUGUGAACUCUAUAUGUUAUACAACAUUAGAAUUUGUUGAUAUUUAUUUUAGCAUAUUGUAAAGUUUACUUUUUGUUUUGUUUUAUUUUGAAGAAUUUAUCUUUGUUAUGAUGUGAAUUGUAUUUAGUGUGUAAUAUAGUUUAUUGUAUUCUAUUAGAAAAAUAAAUAUUCCAUAAAUGUAA